CAUUUGAAAUCCCAGACAAUCAUGCAGAGAAGCUAGUCACCCCGAAAGACCUAGUAGAGUACAUUGCCGACAAGAUGGAGGUCUGCGAAUGAUCUGCCAUUCCAAACAG